AUGAUGGUCGCCAUGGCGACCUCGAGCCGGAAGCAUCACGUGUGCCUCGUGGCGACGAUGAUGGUGCUCGCUGUGCUGUCCAGCCACCUCCUCCCUACUGCUGCUGCUAGCAUCACCAUGCAGGCUGAUCAAGCCGCGGCGCUGCUGGCCAUCAAGGUGGCCAUGGGGCUCACCUUCACCACGUGGGCCACGUCCAAUCCGUGCCACCUCGAGGGCGAUGCCGGCUCGGCUGGCGAGUGGAGCGGCCUGAGCUGCGCCGCUGACGGCUGCGUCUUCAUGAUGUGGAUGCCGCGGAACUUCCUCGACGGCAGCCUCGCCAGCUACCUCAGGAACUUCUCCGCGCUCACCAACCUCAACACCAUUGCCAUGCAGCACAUGUACUUGUCUGGGUCAUUACCGAGUCUGCUCACGACUCUGCCCAGCCUCAUCGGCAUUUCUUUUCUGCCUCCACGCUUAUAUGAUGCUCGUCACUUAUCAUCGUGCCUCUUUUCCCUCCCCUUCUCUAUCCCUCCCUUCUUUGCCCUCAUGCGGCCAUCAGCGGCGGCGCUGCUGGCCAUUAAGGAUGCCAUGCGGGUCACCUUCACCACGUGGGCCACCUCCAACCCGUGCCAGCUUGAGGGCGCCACCGCCAAAGCGGGCGAGUGGAGCAGCAUCAGCUGCACCGAAGACGGUCGCGUUUUCAUGAUCAACCUGGACUGCGCGGGACUCGUGCACAAGAGCUUCCCCACAGACAUCUCCAAGCUCAUGGGUCUUGGCGUUGUGUGGAUGCCGUGGAACUUCCUCAACGGCAGCCUCGCCAGCUACCUCAGAGACUUCUCCGCGCUCACCAACUUGAACACCCUCGCCAUGCAGUAUAUGUACUUCUCCGGAUCACUGCCGAGCGUGCUCACGACUCUGCCCAAGCUCACCAGCAUGUCGCUGCGUUCCAACUACCUGACGGGGUCGGUGCCAGCGGCCAUCACCAAGAUUAAGUCGCUGGACCUCUACUAG